AUGCCUCCAUCACAGAAAGCGGCUGCCAAAAAGCCGCGCAUGACGUUGGCACAAGUGUCAGCAUAUGAUGACAUUCUCACUGACGCCCUGGUCGAUCAUGUCUUUUACUGGACGACGGUCCCCAAAAACCGCACAUCAUAUCACCCAUCCAGAGGUGUAAGGGAGGAGGAAAUCGCCAAGAUCUUACAAGAGGAGGUGGUUCUCAAGAAGGACUUGGAAAGUGCUGAGAAACGAUUGCUGGCAACAAACGGGCUGAAACGGUUUCACAAUGGAUUGAAGACCGACAAUGAAAAGGAAAAUUUCCGACGGCAUCUUAGGCGAUAUGUUCAAAUCUACCUUCCGGAUUGUCCGUGGGAAGUUAGCUCGACAAACCGAUACACAAUUGUUACUCACGAGGCUGCCGUAACAGCCAGACGACCAAUCCGACGCAACGAGGCCAUUAAAUAUUUAUCCGGUGUACAAGUCAUUAUCACGCCAGAGGAGGAAAGGGCAAUCUCAUCUCAGAAGAAAGACUUCAGCAUUGUGGUCAGCUCACGAAGCAAGUGCACCAGUCUGUUUAUGGGCCCUGCCCGCUUUGCGAACCACGAUUGCGAUGCGAACGCCAAACUUAUGAGGACGAGCCAUGCAGGAAUCGAGAUUGUCGCAACAAGACCCAUUGAGGCAGGGGAGGAGAUUACAGUCACUUACGGAGACAACUAUUUCGGGGACAACAACUGCGAAUGCUUGUGCAAGACAUGCGAGGAUCGUUUACAGAAUGCGUGGGAACCAGAGGAGGGCACAGUGCCAGUGAAAACUAGUAUUGAGCAGGAAAAGUCAGAAGGUUACUCAUUACGGCGACGACGCAGAGAUGACAGUCUCUCUGGCUCUUCACGGACACCAUCGGUUACUCCUGAUAUGCGACCACGGAUUACAAAAGCGACUUCCAGGGGAUCAAAGCUGGCCCGCGACUCGUCGUCGGCCAGGUCUCCGUCCACCAAUAAUCGAAAGCGACAGCAUGAUAGUCUGGCAACACCGCCCAAGACUCCAGCGAAGCGACAAAAGGUUUCGGCUGAGAAGACUGUAAUUAUCAUCGACGAUUCGUCGCGCAGUACAUCUGUCACUGCCAGUGAAUCCUCAAGUGGCGUUGUCGAGACAGACGUCACUUCGCCAGAGAAGGAGACUCCAGAGCCUCUAGGACAUACUCCGUUGAAAGGGAAUGCGAACAAGGGCAGCCAGCAGACAGAAGGGGCACCAGUUUCGCCGCAGAGCAGUCAAGGUUCACGAUCACCGCAGCAAGCGGCUGAGAUGACGAGAGAGAGAGCCCGCCGAAGUGGUCUUGAGAGUAUGACUAUCCAGGCCAUUUUGAACGCUCCUCUAGAGUCCGAGGUUGAAAGUGAACCUGAACCGGAGAAGCUCAAGGAAGCAACCGUGGUACCUCCACCAACCGAGCCUAUUGCAACCAGUAUCGAAACUGUCGAAGCCAGUCAAGUGGCUGACGAAGAUCAGCCAAAACGAAAGAAAUAUCAACGUCGUGUCUAUAAGGAAGAUACACCCCCAUCUAGAGUGCGAGUGCCAGGAGAUUACCUCCUUACACCGCUGCUCUUAUCAGAACCGGAGAUGGCCUGGAUCCAGUGCACCAUCUGCGACGGUUACUUUGUACAACAGAACGCAUAUUUCACACGAGCUUCAUGCCCUCGCUGCGAACGUCACUCAAAGCUUUACGGGUACAUAUGGCCCAAGACGGACAAGGCCGGACCGCACGACAAAGAGGAGCGCAUUCUGGAUCAUCGCACCAUCCAUCGAUUCCUGGAUCCCGAUGAUGAGCGAAAAGUGAGAUGUCGCAAGAGUUUUGGAAAUCUCAAGACAGACACAGAAGAAACAGAAGAGCCCGAGCGGGGCCGGAAGCGACACAGCACAUCAGGUUUGAUGGGGCGAAGGGUGCCUUCAACAGAGCAAGACUCAGCUCAUCGAAGGAGCGGAAGGCUUCGUCGAGUGAACAGUAGGUUCUUCGACCCAUGA